AUGACGGAAGAAGAUUCGGUAUUUGAUCCAACUUUGAAAAAGAAGAAAAAAAAGAAGAAGACUACCUUUGAUAUUGAUGCAGCUUUCAAUGAAGGAGGUAGUAGCGGUGAUGCGACUGAAAACACUGGUGACAAAGAAAAUCAGGAGCCUGAACCUACAGUUGUCGAAGAUGACGAGACAUUGGAUUUGGAAAAUUUCGGUAAAAAAAAGAAAAAGAAGAAAAAGGCUUUUAAUUUAGAUGAAUUAGAAGCAGCUUUACCCGAUAUCAAGAAAGAGGAACCUAUAGAGCAACAAGUUGAAGAAAUUAUAAUGGAUGAUGACUUUGACUUAGAUAUGGAUUUCUCAAAGACAAAGAAGAAGAAAAAAAAGAAGAAGGAUCUUGAUGAAUUAGUAGCUGAAGAGGAACGCAAGGAAAUUGAAGAUAAGGAGAAUGGCUGCACUGAAUCUGAGCGAAGUGCAGAGUAUGUGGAGGAACCGAGUUUGUGGGUGGGCUCGGACAGGGAUUAUACAUAUGACGAAUUAUUAGUUAGAGUAUUUAAUAUCAUGCGAGAGAAGAAUCCUGAUAUGGUGGCUGGUAAGAAACAGAAGUUUGUUAUGCGUCCGCCACAAGUGGUACGCAUUGGAACGAAGAAAACGUCUUUCGCCAAUUUCACCGAGAUUUGUAAAACAUUACAUAGGCAGCCAAAACAUUUACUAGACUUUUUGCUGGCCGAAUUGGGUACGAGCGGCUCGGUCGACGGUAAUAGUCAAUUGAUUAUCAAAGGUCGUUUCCAACAGAAACAAAUAGAGAACGUCCUUAGGAGAUAUAUCAAGGAAUAUGUUACAUGUCAUACAUGUCGUUCGCCAGACACGAUCCUUCAAAAAGAUACUCGACUCUUCUUUUUGCAAUGCGAGACAUGUGGCUCGAGAUGCUCCGUCGCUAGCAUAAAGUCUGGAUUCCAAGCUGUUACAGGGAAACGCGCUGCUAUUCGUGCGAAAACUGCCUAAGCAAUUUUCUUUAUUUAAGAAAACGCUAGUGCAAAUAAAAUAUUAUGGAAAAAAAAUGGUACAGAUUUAUUGAAUGCAUUCCAAAUUGAUUUCAAUACAAUUACAUUUUUUCAAAAAUUAUUUAUACACUAUUGUAUUCUAUAUGAAA